AUGAUGCCGUUUCUCGGCCCCUGCAUCACCGUACCACCGAAGUUCUGCACCGUUGUACUGUUCCAGUCGGACAUGAUCCUACACCGAGUGCGGCCUGUGCACAGCCACAUGCGCAAGACACGAUACUGCUUUACGAUUUGGUUUGACGGAGCACUCUCCAACAGCGACGACGAUCUCCUCCUCAAAGUGCAGCACCUCGACGAAGGCGCCAUUCCCUUUCUGCGCCGCAGCGCCGUGCAGCGAACCCUUUCCCGGGCCGUGUACGAAGCCGAAUACGAGGAGUCCCUCGCAGACUGCUUUGGCGCAGACCCAGUAGCGCUCCAGAUUAGCCUCCGCGAGCACCACGCGCAUCUGCAGCAGCUGCUCAAGCAUGAGAGGCUGCGCGCCUUUCUCAAGGUGCUCAAGGAUUACCGCGAAGACCUCCGUGCAGCUUGA